AGGGUUGGAAGAGUGCGACAAUAAUGUCACACUCUUUUGACGUAGUUAUCUGUAGUUUAUUUUGACAGGUGCAAUUUCUCUUUGUUUGUCGUUUUUUAUGGAUACAAAAUAUGUGCAGUAUAUGUAGCGAUGAUGAUGACCUUUAUACCAGGCGCCAGGCGCUUUAUUUGACUUCAUCUGAAACUGUAUUUUAUGACGUUGUUGCUUUUGAUUAGGAAAGUUAAAGUCGGGUACAGGCUUAAGGAAAUAUAUAACAUUACCGAAGCGUUCGUCCGGGAGAUUUUUGUUUAUUCCUCGCGAUAAAAGAUUUUGAUUAAAUCGGGGCUGCACAACAAUAAACAGGGGAAUUUACCAAGACGCAGUAGAGACCAUCAGUUCGUGCAGAAUUAGUGCAAUCAUAUCGAUGCUUGCCUAACCACAGUGAGGUUCUUAAAAGAUUAUUGCACAAUUCAUCCCAAGGAAGCCAGAAUCGAUCAGAAUGAAUUCCUGUCUCAAACUCAUUGUGUUUUUGUAUUGGGCGAGAAUUAUUAGCUGCCAAGUUAGCACUUCAAAUUUCAAAUACAAACAACUGCUUGUCUGUCCGGCCAAAUGCGUCUCCGGAUAUUCACCGGAUUAUUGUUGGCCGGAAGCGCAGGCGGAUAGCAAGUCCUCUGAGAACUGCCCACCCGGAUUUAUAGGAACAGCAACCUGGACCUGCGGUAUUGAUGGUCAAUGGACGACUCUAACUCCCGAUCUCAGUAACUGCGUCAAUCCGAUUGUUGGAAAUUCUAUCAACCAUGCCAACGCCAAUAUCACGGAUGGUGAAAAUCCAAGCGAGUCAUUGAAUUUUCUCACCAAGGUCCUUAACGAAAACGAAUUAGAAUCCGGCAACAUUGCCCAGCUCGAUCAGACAAUCCGUUUAGCUUUUGACAAACAGACCGUUCUAAUGACUGCCAAUUCCGACUCGAAUUCACGCGAUUCGAGUAGUAAGGUUUUCGCCAAAUCUGUGAUUGACUUGUACGACAUCAUGUUUGUCAACGCAAAGGCGUUUUGGGGUUUGCCGUGGAUUCUUCGUAGUGAGGCUGUCGAUCGAGUGCAGAAGAACGUCGAUGAUACUUUAUUUCUCCUGGCUGAAAAUCUCAUCGAUGGGAUUUAUCAAAACUAUGGACCAAAUGUUAACCUACUUGUACAAGUGGAAAACAGACCUAAACUUUACUACUACGACAAAUCGUACACGUACGCAGCAGGUGGUAACGACCGAAUGACUCUUCCAGCCGGAUUCUCUUCAGCGGUCAACGACAACAACACUCUCCUCUAUUGUUCCACUUUUCCUGCGUUCCAAAAUAUUCUCUACGGCGAUGCGUUGACACAAUUGAUGUUGGAAUCCAAACCGGUGAGGCAAGUCUUGGUGUCAAAGGUGGUCGGUGCCUCACUAGGUCAACCAAACGGAAGUAGUAUUCAUUUAGCUGACGAUCAAGCCGAGAUCCUGUUGAGCACGUUGAAUUUGGAUGUCUACGACGUCGAUGAGAAGAGCGUCAGAUGCGCUUAUUGGAAUGUUUCGACUCAAGACUGGUCGUUUGACGGAUGCGUUGUGGCUACCAAUAAUAAAUCAGCCACUGUCUGCCGCUGCGAUCAUUUGACCAAUUUUGCAGUUUUAAUGGACAUCAACGGCGUUUUUCAAAACCAAACGACGUCCGCCCUGGAUUACAUCACAAUAAUCGGCGAAAGUAUUUCAAUCGUUUGUCUGACGCUGUCUCUCAUUCCCUUUUACUGGGUGCGAACUUUGCGACGCGAUUUCCGCUUUGUGGUUCACCGAAACCUCUGUUUAAACCUUCUCAUCGCCGAAAUUCUCUUGUUGGCCGGAAUUGACGCUACUGCCAACCGGGAUCUCUGCCUAUCCAUCGCCGUAUUCCUGCACCUGUUUUUCCUGUGCGCUUUCAGCUGGAUGUUUAUCGAAGGUCUUUACAUGUACAUCAUCAUCACCAAAGUUUUCAACGAUAAAGGAUUAAAACGCCGGAUAUACUACAUCAUCGGGUACGGAGUACCUGUUUUAACUGUUACCAUUACUCUAGCCGUAACUAAAACGGAAGCUUACCUCGGCGAUCCUUUUUCAUAUUGCUGGUUGAGUUAUGAAAAUGGGGCAAUAUGGGCCUUUGCUGGACCGGUUGCAGCCGUUGUUUUGAUGAACUUGGUGUUCCUAAUAUUGGUACUCUGUGUCACGUUCAAAUCCAUCCGCAGCACAAUCGGGAAAAAAGAGAAUAAGCAAAACUUACGAUGGAUCAUGGGAUCGAUUUCUCUCACUUUUAUUCUGGGUAUUACUUGGGUCUUUGGUUUCCUUUACUUCGGACAAGGCACCAUGAUAUUUGCUUACGUAUUCACCAUCCUGAACUCCCUGCAAGGAUUGUUCAUUUUUAUCACAUUAUGCGUGAUGAACAAAAAAGUGCGCAAAGACUUGGUCAGGCAAUUCGUCACUAGCCAGAGACUACAACGUGUGGCCCACCGCUUCAAUAUUGAGCUGAGCGACAUGAAUACAAACAUUUCAACGGCAGUAAGAACCGAAACAUGAACAAAAGUUAUAGACCAACAAUCCCAAGCUCUUUCAACUAUCGACCAUACGAUUUUUCUUAAUUCGACGAAGUGUGAAGUAUUUAAGACUGUGAAGUCUUGUCAAUCAUAAUGACAACAGAUUUUUGGUUCUUAUCUUGGUUGAUUUUCACCCAUUUUAUUUUUGUUUCAAUCGAUUGAAAAUAACUUACACUAACAAUUUCUCCUUUUUUUUUUAAAUAUACGACUGAUUAUACCAUA